GGCGUUGUCUUCAGCACUUCGCACAAACAAUGGCCUAAACGCGUCUGCAGGUUCAUUGAGAGGGAGAUGAAGACGCGCACAUGUCGGUGAAGGACUCUGGUGGCCGCUUACUGACUGAUGGCGAGGACAGAUUGCCACCCUGGUGCUGCUCAGAGUUGCGACAGUAAUGAGUGUCAAGUGUGAUCUUAUUAAGUUUUGUGAGAAACGGCAAAGAGCGACGCUGUGGCUGGAGCGCGUUUCCAGAUGGAGACGGACCUGAGGCUGGAGUCGAGUUUGUGGGUCGGGAAUAAGAGAUACCGAGCGGUCCUGACUGGCUGGCAUUUCAACUGGACCGAGGUCGAUAAGAAGAACCGCGACAAGAAAACAAGUAGGUGUCUCCUCACCAUCCAGAGCAUCAGCACAUCUAUCGCGUCAUGUGUUUCCUCGCCAUAACCUCGCUGUUUAACACUUGUUUCAAAGCCUUAGCAUGUUUCCUGUCUGUGCUGAGCUGGCACAACAAGACAGCAUUCAUUAUGUGAAAGUAGCACAGGAAACACUAUGAACAGACUUCAGCCCCAGAACACCUGACAUGUCAUUUUUCUGCACUAUUACAGGAAGACAGCGCCAAUUAAGCCCAUAGCUGCUCUGCAGAAAACGUGAAGAACAAGUUCAACAGCACCAACAUGAAACACAACCUGCUGACAGUUUACUGAAAACACAGGCUAUAGAGCUCACACACCUCCUGGCACAAUGCGAUCAUAUAGGGCUUGUCCUUUAAUCAAACUUUGCUUUUCUCAACACCACACACACAUUGUAAAUGAUUUUAUUUGAAAGUGAAAAUUUGUUGUCAGAUGCUUGAAAGACGUCUGUGUGUCUUCUUUGAGACACUUAUUUUUUAACAUAAUGAUGAUAAAUUUGAGCACAAUCUAUGCCCCAUUUCUAUAAAACUCCCCCAUAAAAACCCUUUAACAGGGAAAAGAUGAAAGAAAACUGUUAUAGAUUUUGUAUUGUUGUAUAAAAUUAUAGACAUAUUGUAAUGAUAUAUGUUGACAAUAUACAGUAUGUUGUCUUUGAUAUGUGUUUGAAACUAAAACAUUGAUCCAAACUGUUGUUAAUGGGUCUCUCUUCAGGUAGACUUUUUGACUUACCAUCAGCAGGUGGAACAGUAUGGAUGACAGCAUCAUUUUUUUCAGGUGUGCCAGUGAGCCUAACUGCAGAACACACCCUUUUCACAGCGGACAGUUUGCUUGUCAUAUUUCAGUACCUGUGGCGGAGGUGGUUGGAGUAGAGGAGGGUCGGGUGGAGGUACUGCCCCAGAAGUCAGUUGAGGACACAGACAAAGACUUCACGGUUUUCUAUGUGAAGCGCUGCAGCAGUGGGGGCUCUUAUGGGUUACUAUGGAGACUGGGCCGGACCCAGUUCAGCUGCCCCAGUCGGGCGCUAAGAGAACAGUGGACGACAUACCUAAGAGCAGCUCUCAAAACCCACAGCCCGUUGCGUCCGCACAGGCUGUUGGUGUUUAUCAAUCCAUUUGGAGGGAAAAAGAAAGGAAGAAAGAUUUUCCACUCUCUGGUCGCCCCUCUGUUCGAGCUGGCUGGUAUCAGCUCUCAUGUAAUAGUGACUGAGCGGGCCAACCAGGCCAGGGACCACCUCCUGAAGAAAGACCUGACAGGCUUUGAUGGUGUGGUGUGUGUGGGUGGGGAUGGCAUGUUCAGCGAAAUACUUCAUGGUUUGAUUGGGCGGACACAACAAGAGGCAGGCCUUUGUGAGAAUGAUCCCGCUGUCACUUUACAGCCUUGUCCGCUUCAUAUUGGCAUCAUUCCUGCAGGCUCUACAGACUGUGUGUGUUAUGCCACAGUGGGAGUGAUCGACCCUGUUACUUCAGCUCUGCAUAUUAUCAUUGGAGACUCUCAGCCGUUGGAUGUGUGUUCAGUCCAUCAAGCCUCUGCUCUGGUGCGCUACUCGGUGUCUCUGCUGGGCUAUGGCUUCUAUGGGGACGUUAUGGCUGAGAGCGAAAAACACCGCUGGAUGGGGCCUCUGCGAUAUGACUAUUCAGGCACAAUGGUGUACCUGAGCAACCGAAGCUAUGCAGGCAUAGUUCAGUAUCUACCAGCAGACCCGGUGCUCUCCAGCCCGAGAGACAGAACACGCUGCCUCUCAGGGUGCAGCGUGUGCUCUAGAAGCACAGAAAGACUUUUCCCCCACUCUUCAGAUUCAGGCUCCCUGUACAGUUCCCACAACAGCCAGUUCAGUAGUGACUCGGAAGGUAAAGGUGACUGGGUGACUGUGGAGGGCAGGUUUAGGUGUGUGUCUCUCACUUGUAUGUCCAGCUCGUGUCCCAAGAGUCCCCUGGGCCUCUCUCCCUCCGCCCACCUGGCGGACGGAACGGGGGACCUCAUCCUGGUUUGGGAUUCUCACCCGCUGGGAUUCCUCAAGUUCCUCUACAGGCACACGAGCACACAGGACCAGUUUGACCUGCCGUUCGUGGAGGUCCACCGCGUGAAGGCCGUGCGUUUCUCUCUCCCCUCUGGCAAAGACGAGGAAGGAUAUGAAGAGAUUAGAGGCAGGAAUGGUAGGACGGACGAAGAAGAGAGCGACUAUGUCGAGACCAUGAGCAGGAAUGGCUCUCAGCAGCACUUGGCAGAGAGACCCACAGGACGAGAAAUGACAAGCGAGCAGAAAACAGCGCCCCCCUUCCUGUGUUGUAUGUGCUGCAGGAAAGCUCCAGCAGUGUCAGUGUGGAACUGUGACGGCGAGAUUCUGCCGUUCACCGACGUCUUUUGCAGGAUUCACGGCCAGUUGGUGCGUCUGUUUGCCAGGGGCAUUGAGGACAGAGCAGCUGCGGACAACUGCAGUGAAAAUGACAAGUGUAAAAGGACAUCAUACACAAAUAGCCUCUCACCUUAAGUUUGGAGAGAUUGGCGACCAUGAGAAUGUUCUCUAAGGCAAGGCUGAUUUAUUCACGGCCAAAGAGUUCCUAAUAUUUCAGGUAAUUUUACAUUGCAAUCAUUAAAAAAAAUCUAUUUAUUCUUAAAUGAUUGUGUUUGUUGAAUGCUGCUCCUUUAAAGACACUAUUUGCUAAAUGAUGCACUCAUCUGUAAUGCAGGUUAAUCUGCACAAAACGUGUCUGUAUGCCGUGUCUGGUCUGAAAUGUUUUUAUUUUUACUUGAGCUUCCAGAGAUUAAAAUCAUGUGGAAUGUCAACAGAAUUUAAAAGACAAAUAUUUUAAUUUAAAGCAAUAAAAAGACUGACCUGA